UUCAGUUUUGAGAAAGUUUUCGUCCGAUCCGGAGGUGACUCCACGUCGCGCGGUCUCUGAGGUUUUUGUUGUUGUUGCAGGAUUUGUGAAUGAAAAGCUCUUUUUGGUUCGUUUUUUUAGUGUUUUUGUCUAUGUGUUAAUUGGUUGAUUUCGGGAAAUCGGUGUAAUUAGCUUGGAAUUGUUUUGUGAUUGUGAUUGGAGGUGUGUUGGGACCUCGAGCAGGUCAGAAGAAUGGCCUAGCGAUGUCGGGUGUUGAUCGGUAGAGCGAGAUUGGAUUACCUCGAUCCGCGAGCUCGAACUCACUGAUUUGUGGGAGAUAGGUCCAAUAGGGAACAACAACACCUUAGCACAACACAGGAAGAAAAAACAGCAGGAGCCCUCGUGAAAAGCGCUCUGAAACAAGAAGAAAGAAGGGAAGAAGCCACUAUAAAUCAUAGGCGGCAGAAAGAAAUGAAAAUAAAUUAGGAAUUGUGAGGUGAAUCUCGCGCAAGGGAAGAACAACAACAACAGUGAAGGAGAAGGAAGAAAAAGGGAAAGAAGCUUCAAGCAGGCUGGCUAACAAAACAAGGCAGAUACAGGUACAACCAUCCAAGCAACCAGCAAAGAGAAGUGAAGAGUUGGAGCGAAAAACCGUCAAGGAGAGGAGAAGGAAGAAGCGAAAAAAAAAGUCGUGACGACGAAGAAAACAAAACAAAAUCUGAGAAUACCUCGGCGUCAAAGUGAGAGAGAGAGAGCGUGAGCCAAGAAGGUGUGGAAGUGGAAUGAAUUCACAUACUUUAAGGCAGAGCCCGAAAGCCACGGAGGAGCAGAAUCGACUAACCGAUAAUUACAAGCAGUGUAAAGUGUCUGCAAGAUAAAGAGAAGAAGAGAAGAGAAUAAAAAACAGCGCGCUUCAAAACAAAACAAAAUAAGAAAAAGAGGCGAUUAAAAAGUUGAUUAAAAUUUAUACUCUCCUCGGCGCGCUCUUUUUUUGCCCACUGAAAACACUGUUUAAUUGGUCGUCACUUGUGUGCGUGUGGCGCGUUUCGCUAAAUUUGCGCGCAGCCUCCUCCGCACGGGCGUCGCUCCCCAAAUCUUCGUUCUCGGUUCGAAUCCCGCCGUCGCACAUGCUCAUAAAUUAGAACGCGCCCGCAAACAUGGCCACCCUGGGCCUCUCGAAGGUGUUCAUCCUGGACAAGUACUUUACCGAGCUGCAAAAGUUUUGGGAAACCGAGAAGAAGUUGCAAGAUGCAUCCUCCUCGAACGAAGCCGUCCACCUGCAGCAGCGACUGAAGAGCCUCAGCUCGGAACUGGUAACGCUGCGGAAUCGACUUCACACGGGUGCUGGCCAGACGGCACCGGCGGCCACGGCGGCCGGUGGCCCAACCGUGGCCACAGCAGUCAACAACGCGGUCAACAACGCAGUCAACAACUCAAACAACAGUACAGCAACGCCAAAUCCAAACCCACAAACGCUCGGUGGCCACGGAACGACCGGAGCGGGCCUGGUGGCCGCGGCCGUCGGCGGAGGUGCGAUCAACAUUCUGUCACACCUGAACGGUACCAACGGCAACAGCUGCAACACUAAUGGCAAGAGUCACAUGAUAGUGGCGUCGGCGCAGUGCAUACCGGCCACGGGCAAUGGCGCCGCGACGCUUGGCAACCACCAGGCGAGCCAACAGCACUCCAAUAAUGUGAUGCCGUUGGUUUCGCCACGAAACACCUCCAUCCCGUACCCGCUGCCCCACCACAACAGCACCGGAACGAUACUGCUCGGAGACACUGCCCUGAGUGGAGGUGGGGGCCAGGCCGGCCUAACCGGUGGCGGAACCCUUCCCCGGCGGACAUCCGUGGGAUUCGGCGGCAAGACACACCAACAGCACGGCGGCGUCCAGGGGCUGUCCUCGUCGGGUCUGCUCCAUCCGGUGCUGCAGUCCGGAACGCUUCACAGUAAUGGCGGCCUCGGCGGCGGUGGCGGCACCGGUGCCACCAUCGUCGGGUGUACCUUGGCACACGGGGCCGGUGGUGGAGGAGGGGUAGGGGGGACAGGAACUGGGAGUUCCGGACCGCUUGGUGGUCGUGGUGGCCCGGGAUUCAACGGAACGGGUCACGGGCAUGGUAUCGGGAGUGGGUUCAACGGUGUUGGAGGAACCAACGGCAAUGGCAAUGGGAACAGCAACAGUGGUGGCGGAAUCGGUGGCAACAGUGACGGUGGAGUGACCGGUGGCCAGCGGAAAACCGCGUCCAACAUGGAGGACCUGAUACACCUGCCCGGACCGCUAACCGAGGACGCCGUAAUGCGGACACUCCAAACCAGAUUCAACGAGGGGAAAUUCUUUACCAACGUCGGCCCGAUCCUGCUCUCGGCGAAUCCGUACCACGAUGUGGGCAACCCCCUCACCCUUUCUUCAACCCGCUCCGUCCCACUAGCACCUCAACUCCGCAAAAUAGUACAAGAAGCCGUGCGGCAACAGGCCGAAACGGGCUACCCCCAGGCCAUCAUCCUAUCAGGAACUUCCGGUUCCGGCAAAACGCACUGCUCGAUGCUGCUCCUUCGGCAACUGUUUGCCGUGGCCGGCGGUGGUCCCGAAACGGACGCCUUCAAGCAUCUGGCCGCGUCCUUUACCGUACUCCGGUCGCUCGGAUCGGCCAAAACGUCCACCAACUCCGAGUCGAGUAGAAUUGGCCAGUUCAUCGAGGUGCAGGUGACGGACGGUGCGCUGUACCGGACGAAGAUCCACUGUUACUUCCUGGACCAAACCCGGGUCAUCCGGCCGUUACCGAACGAGAAGAAUUACCACAUCUUUUACCAGAUGCUCGCCGGGUUGAACGCUGAAGAGUGCGCCCGGCUUAACCUGGAAGGAUACUCCCCGGCGAAUCUGAGGUACCUGCAGAACGGGGACAUCCGGCAGGACGAGCACGAGGACGCGGCCCGGUUUCAGGCGUGGAAGGCAUGUCUCGGAAUUUUGGGCAUUCCGUUUUUGGACGUGGUCCGAGUUCUGGCAGCGGUUUUGUUGCUAGGCAACGUGCAGUUCGUUGAUGGACAGGGCCUCGAAGUCGAGGUGACAGACGACACCGAACUGAACGCCGUAGCGAACCUCCUUGGAGUGCCACCUGCGCAGCUGUUCCGUGGCCUAACCAUCCGGACGCACAACGCCCGCGGCCAGCUCAUCAAGUCCAAGUGCGAUGCCAACAUGUCCAACAUGACGCGCGAUUCGCUGGCGAAGGCGCUUUACUGCCGAACAGUCGCGACCAUCGUGCGGCGAGCAAACAGUCUCAAAAGGUUGGGUUCGACGCUCGGAACGCUUAGCUCCGAUAGUAACGAAUCGGUGCACAACCAAGCGGAGGUGGCCAGCCAGCACGCGUCCACGAUCGGAGGGAAUGCCGGCUCCAAGUCGAUGGCCGCACUCAACAAUGCGGUGCGGCACGCGACGGAUGGAUUCAUUGGAAUCCUGGACAUGUUCGGCUUCGAGGAACCUCGACCCGCCCAGCUUGAACACCUGUGCAUAAAUCUGUGCGCCGAAACGAUGCAACACUUUUACAACACACACAUCUUCAAGAGCUCCGUCGAGUCAUGCCGCGAGGAGGGUAUCAUCUGCGAUACCGAGGUCGAUUACGUGGACAACGUGCCCUGUAUUGAUCUGAUCUCUUCGCUGCGGACGGGACUGUUGAGCAUGCUGGACGCGGAAUGUUCCGUGCGUGGCACGGCCGAGACUUAUGUGUCGAAGAUUAAGGUUCAGCACCGGAAUUCGGCUCGGUUGGAGCAGCGCACGCUUGAGCCGUACGAUCCGAGGAUCUUUGCGAUUAGGCACUUUGCUGGUAGGGUUGAGUACGACACGACUGACUUUUUGGACACGAAUAGGGAUGUGGUUCCGGAUGAUUUGGUGUCGGUGUUUUACAAGCACACGUGCAACUUUGGUUUUGCGACGCACCUGUUUGGGACGGAGUUGAAGGCGUUGUACGCCCAGGAGAACGUGCCACGUGGGUUGAGCUUUAGAAUCGCGCCGACGUCGCACACAGAUCUACUGAACGGAGAUGAACCAGUUUCAACGCUUACCCAAGACUUCCACACCCGACUGGACAACUUGCUGCGGACGCUGGUGCACGCGCGGCCACACUUUGUCCGGUGCAUCCGGAGUAACACCGCUGAAAAGGCGGGGGUGUUUGACCGUGGAACGGUCGUCCGACAAAUCCGUGCCCUACAGGUGCUGGAAACCGUGAAUUUAAUGGCCAGUGGAUUCCCACAUCGUUUGCGGUUUAAGCAGUUCACCGCGCGCUACCGGAUGUUGGCUCCGUUCCGACUGCUGCGGCGAUGCGAGGAGAAAGCCCUCGAGGACUGCAAGCUCAUUCUGGACUUUGCGCUGGAGAACCCACCCGAGUUGGACGGAUCGGUGACGCUGUCGUGGGCACCGGGCAAGAGGCACAUCUUUUUGAGUGAGGGCAUUCGGCAACAUUUGGAGAAUUUGAGGACGGAGGUGCGCAUGAAGAGUGCAACGCUGAUUCAGGCCACGUGGCGUGGGUGGAAUCUACGCAAGCGGCUGGGAACGAUCCGGAGGUCGCACGAUAUCAAGAUGGUUGGCGGAGGAAUGCUGACGCUGAACAAGAGUUCGGGUGAGUUGUUGCUGACUAAAUUAAGAAAUUUUAUAAACUAACAUAAUUUCUACUCUUCUAUUUUAGCCACUCGACCGAACGCGAACAACCCCACCUCAAACGCAAACGCGAACGCCACCAAUACCGGUACGGCCACCCGGCCACGACCCCAGCCAAUCGCCGGAACGCCACCGCCCGAUCCAAACGAAAAGUGCGACUCGAAGAUAAUCGCCCAAACGUGUACCCUGUUCGGGCUGGACCUGGAACGCCCCCCGCCAGUUCCCCCCUCCCGGUCGUACACCGUCACGGGCAACUCCAAGCUCGGCUACCCCCAGACGCGCCUCAUGAAGAUGAACUUCCCCGAGGACUCGGCGGCGGCCACCGUCGGAGAGCAGCUGCGCAAGGGCGAAGCGGUCACGGUUACCGGUGCGUCCCAUCGGCGCGGCCACCUGAUCGUCGAGCACAACGGGAUCAGUUUGCACGUGCCGUUCCAGUACAUGGAGCUGGUCAAGAACAGUACCUCCGGAUCGCCGUCGCCACCGGCUUCCACCAACGCGGGAGCGGUGAAUAUCUGAGGCGGAAAAGGGUAUUGUUAUUGCGGGACGAUAUGGUUAGGUUUAAGUGAACUAUUUUCAACCGUGUAUUGAUUGAUUGCGAUUGUUAUUUGGGUUGGUUAAAGUAUGUUUCAUUAUUUUUUUCCUGGCAUGAAGAUAAAAGAUUUUUGGGAGGCA